AUAUAUUGAUGACCUUUGAGUUUCUCGUUAUUCAACUAGGAAUUUUCUGAACAAUUUCAUUGUGAGUAUUUUGAGUCACUUUGAGUCGAGAAAAUGUUACAUUUGAACCGAAACAAGGGUUUAGUAACAUGUUAUUUUAAUCUUCACUUUUGUAUCAUCGAUUGCAGAUUCAUCGAUUCAAUUUUGUUCUCAUUGUUUUGAUUAUUUGUAUUGCAGCGUUUGUUGAAACUUGGAAGAAUGACGAGUAUGAGCGAUCUUCCACCGGAUUUGGUAGUCGAAAUACUCACUAGGAUUCCGAUAACAUCUCUGAGAGCAGUGCGAUCUACUUGCAAAUCAUGGAAUGCUUUAACCAAAAAAUGUAAUUUGGGUAAAGCAGCAGCAACAAGGCAGCAGCAGUUUGUAGGGUUCAUGACGAUGAGUUCUAAGGUUUGUUCAGUAAAACUUGAUUUCCAAGGAACCCGCAAGGACGAGAGCGAGUUCGUCGAUCUAUCUAUAAACCAAGUAGCUUUAUUUAAUCAAGUUGAGAUAUCUAAAGUCAUUCACUGUGAUGGCUUACUGUUAUGUGUCACUAAGGACAACUCAAGGCUCCUAUUGUGGAACCCUUAUUUGGGACAAACUAGGUGGAUUGAACCAAGAAAAUAUUUCUAUAGACCCGAUCAUUAUGCUCUCGGAUACGACACCAACCGUAACCAUAAAAUCUUGAGGUUUUUUGAUGAUUUUCGCGGAGGCAAUGAGUUCGAAAUCUACCAUGUUAGGUCUAGUUCUUGGAGGGUUCUUGACCAUAUCACUCCCGGCAAGCUUCAUCAUCGCAGUGUGACAUUGAAGGGAAAUACUUACUUCUUUGCUAGAGAGAAAAUGAUAGAGGUUCUUGUUAAUGUAUCAGAGCUUAAACAUUUUUUACUCUGUUUUGAUUUUACAAGAGAGAGCUUUGGACAGCGUCUGCAUCUCCCGUUUCAUAUUCAUGGUAAAGAGACUGUGACUCUAUCUGGUGUUAGGGAAGAGCAGCUCGCGGUGCUUUAUCAGAAGGAGUCAUUUGAUAUGUAUAAGUUGGAGAUUUGGGUUACGGAUAAGAUUGAUCCCAACGCAGUGUCGUGGAGCAAGUUUUUGAUGGUGGAAAUGAGACCACUCACUGGUUUUCAGUUCAAUCAAGAAGCUGUGAGCUUCGCCAUUGAUGAGGAGAAGAAAGUUGUUUUGGUUUUCGAUCAAGAAGUAUAUAACCCGACCAAGACCAUUCUCAUCCAAACAGUUUACAUCAUUGGAGAAGAUGGAUACUUCAAAUCUAUGAAAAUCGGAGAAAAUCCAAAUGUCUGGAUGCCUGGAGAGUUCCCUAACAGGCCUAAGUUUUCUCCCCCACUUGUGUCCUCUUCUUACCUUCCAAGUCUAGUGCAAAUCAACUAACCGCGCAAAAGGAAAGUAAGAGAUGCUUAAUUGCCUCAUUUGAUUAGAUUUUUCCUUCCUUUUUAUUUUCAUGUCAUAUUGAACAAGACUUGCUAGUCAUUUAUUAAGUUUGCUUCUAUUUAUCAUCUAUUAAAGAAAUCGUUUUCUUGCA